AUGGCUUUAGCGAUCGAGUCAGAAAGGACCAUCACCAACAGCCAUCCGGUACAAAAAGGCUACGUCUUUGUCGCCAAGGGCAACGUCUACAUAACCCGGCACUGCCGCACUCGCACCAAGGAACUCGGAGAGCCCCUCUUCGUCGUCGUCGACUCCAAGGGGCACAGACUAGGCCUCCGUUGUCCGCGACAAGUCUACGACGAAGUCCUGACAGCAGAAAGGGCGACCGCGGUCGACCGCCAGAGCAUUGUAGACAGGAAGGAUGCGAGAGACCGGAGCGAAGCCACGGCGGCGCUCGUGCGUCUGUUUCCGAGGAUCCCCCCAGAAGCUGCAGAGGCGACUGUGCUGCAUGCGUUUGAAAAGCGCAGCCGGCGAGUUGGUCGGAAAAUGGUGGUUUCGUUAGAUGAUAGGGUGACGAGGGCUGUGAUCGCGCAUAUCCGUCACUGCUACACGCCGUAUGAAGCGAUCUUGCGCAAGGGUGUACCGCGGGAGCAGGCACGUCUGAGGGUCCAGGGAGAGGUCAGUCGGCUGCUCCGUACGUGGAAGGGAUUGCCGCCAGCUUCGCCGCAGACGUCGAAAGUGUGCGAUGCAAACCGGGAGGAGCAAACAAAGCGAGAAAGAAAGCUCAGGAAGCGGAUUGAGAAGAAAGUGAGGGUGAAGCGGCGCAAGCAUCCAAGUUGA